UUGCAGGCACAUAUCGUCUCUGUCAUAUUAGACGUUUUGAAUCCGGAACAGAAGGAAGAGGAGGAUUUCCACAUUCAAAUUGAGAAAGAUCCAGCUCAAGAAGAUUUUCUACAGGGCAGAAUGACGGGUAAUCCGUAUAAGGUGAGUAGUAGCAUUGCUAUCACUGAUGUCAUGUGA